AUGAGCGUACCUGGACUCUCUGAGAUUUUGGAACCAGCUUGGUGUGAGGAAAAUCUGACCAAGUUUGCACUCACAGAAGGCUUUCAGUUGAACCCCCACGGUGACAACAUGGUUCGCGUUGGCGUCGACGUUAGCGUGUGGAUCUGUCAAGCACAAGCCGCCGCCCAUUCUCAGGCUGGCGAAAAUCCAGGCCUCCGCACCAUUUUUUACCGGAUUUGCCGCCUCCUCGUUAACUCCAUCCUUCCCAUCUUCGUCGAGGAUGGACCUGGUCGUCCUCGUGUAAAGCAUGGAGUGAACGUCAAAGCCGACAAGCUGCACUGGAUGGAACACUACAUGGAGGAUUUUGCGCGAGAAGCUGGGUGCCCCAUAUAUCGUGCCCCCGCAGAGGCAGAGGCAGAGCUGGCCCAGUUGACUGCACAUGGUCUAAUUGAGGCCGUCCUUACCACCGACUUCGAUGUCUUCCUUUUUGGGGGCACAUGCAUGAUCAAGCUCCCGAACGUCAAAGCGGAUGGCGACAACAUUAUAUGCUACAACUCAACCGACAUCCAGGACCUGGCAUCUCUCAACUGUGCCAAGCUAAUCUUCAUUGUGAUUUUGAGCGGCGGUGACUAUGAUCAGAUUGGCCUCCCUGGAUGCAGCUCCAAGAUUGCUUAUCAGCUGGCCCAGGGAGGCCUAGCUGACUCGCUUUUUGAAGCUGUGAACAAACUCACUCAACACGAACUCCAAGACUUCCUCGACGACUGGCGCAAAAAGCUUGCAAACGAGCUACUCUACGACCCACAUGGUGUAAUGGGUAUGAAGCACCCUGCACUAGCCCACAACAUCCCCUCGGACUUCCCCAAGCUUGACGUCCUUCGGCUUUACACCCACCCACUUACCUCCUGGUCAGACUAUGGCAACAGCCCUGAUACGACAUCGUGGGGGCUCCACCAGCUGAACCUGGCCAAUCUUGCAGUCUUGUGCGAGAAGUCAUUUUCGUGGGGAUCUGCUGGCAUCAUCAUUCCUCAUUUUUGCAUGAAUGUCUGGCCAGCAGCCAUGAUGCGGAUGCUCCUCAAUCCCAUUGAUACUCCCGGAUCAGUUGAUAGCCGCCUCACGUGCUCUUCUCUGUUUCGUAUUGCACGGGAGAAGAUUGGUCCAGGUGGGCCAAAUUCUGGUGCUAUUGUGCCUGGCUUCAGUGUUGAGACAGCAACAUUGGCUCUCAUCCACAAGACCGUUUCGAACCUCAACGAGGACAUGCGUAGGAAGGCCCUUCAGCAACACCGACCUCCCCAGUACUUUUGGAUCCCAUAUACAAUUCUCAAGGCUAGGGUUCCCAAUCUAACCAAUGAAUAUUAUGCACAUACACGUAAGAAGAAAUCAAAACCUUCCAGGCCACAACGGAUUUACACGGACUCUGAUGAUGGCGUUAUCAUGUCUAUGGCUCCUGACACUGGGGCAUUGAGCACUCGUGCAAAUCCUGCAACAGCCCCCAACUCCACGGCAUUGGGCUCUCAUAUCGGUCCUCUGGCUCAGGACGACGAGCAAGUCAUGUCCCCAAUGCCUGUGGUGUCGAGAUCUCAUGCAGAUCCUCCUCCCCUUGCUGGCUUGUCUCAGAAUCCGCUUGUGGUUGAUGAGGGAGAUUCGGCACACACUCACGAAGAUAAUCAGGCAAGGCAUGGAUUGAAAAGGAAGAGGGUUAUGCUCGAUUUCAUUGAUUUAACAUAG